UUAGGGUAUCUUGAGAUUGGUUUUUCAAAUUGAACCACAGGAGUCAACAAACUGGGUUUACUAUCUACAUCCAGGACCCUUACUCUUGUUCAGUGGGAAAAAAACAUAUUUCUGAGGUCAGCAUCUCACAAGAGUCCAAUUUUUGAAUUGUGGAGCAAAGAGCCAUUGAAUUCUUCUUCUUCUUCUUCACUGGUAUUUGGGGGACUAAUUGGAGGCAGUCUCUUGUGCAUCUCCCUUGGUCUUUGGUGAGGGGGGCGUUUGUUUCUCUUCUUGCUUGCCUCUCUGCUCUGACACAUCUGCUUCCCAUAAUCCUUCUCUUUCAAUCAUUCAGAGUUCAGUGUUAUCGGGUACCCCUUAUUCCCUUAAAGGAAUUGUUCAGAUCCAAUUAUAUGAGGUAUUCUAAAAAAAUCCAGUGUCUUGGAGAUGGGUUUUUGCCUGGAUUUUAGAGCAGUAUGGUGAAAUGUUUUUUCAGUUCUUCCUGUGGAUGUGAUUCUUGAUAGUGGACUCCUAAAAGACUAAAUGACCGGAGAUGAAGUAAGUGAUAGCUCCUUGUGGAGUAGGGAGCAGAAUAAGGCAUUUGAGAAUGCCCUGGCAACUUAUCCUGAGGAUUUAUCAGAUCGGUGGGAGAAGAUUGCUGCAGAUGUACCAGGGAAAACCCUAGAAGAGGUUAAACAUCAUUAUGAGCUUUUAGUUGAAGAUGUUACCCAGAUCGAGUCUGGCUCUGUGCCUCUACCUUGCUAUAAUUCUUCUUCAGAGGGUUCAUCAAGCCAUGUGGGUGAUGAAGCAGUUGGUAAGAAGGGCAGCCAUUUUUCAAACAGUGAGUCCAAUCAUGGAGGGAAGGCUUCAAGGUCAGAUCAGGAGCGUCGCAAAGGGGUUGCUUGGACAGAGGAUGAGCACAGGUUAUUUCUUCUUGGUUUGGAUAAAUAUGGGAAAGGUGAUUGGCGAAGUAUAUCUCGGAACUUUGUGGUGACAAGAACACCUACACAAGUGGCAAGUCAUGCACAAAAGUACUUCAUCCGCUUAAAUUCAAUGAACAAAGAUAGGAGGAGGUCAAGCAUCCAUGAUAUCACCAGUGUUGGCAAUGGAGAUAUUUCUGCGCCCCAAGGACCAAUCACUGGCCAAACAAAUGGUUCUGCUUCAGGAGCUUCCUCCGGAAAAUCAACUAAACCAACCCCUCAACCCCCAGCCGGGCCGCCGCCGGGGGUUGGCAUGUAUGGUUCUACAACUAUAGGGCAACCAAUAGGAGGACCCCUUGUUUCAGCAGUUGGAACACCAGUGAAUCUUUCUGCUCCACCACACAUGGCAUAUGGUGUCCGAGCCCCAGUCCCAGGAGCAGUGGUUCCUGGUGCGCCAAUGAACAUGGGUCCUAUGACAUACCCAAUGCCACAUACAUCUGCUCAUAGAAACCCAGAUGCAUUUGUUUGGAACGAGCCUAGUCUUCCUUGGUAGCUGCUGCUGCUCUCUGCCCCAUCAACUUUGGGGUCGUCUUCUUGCCUGACUUCGCUUCUUCCUCCUUCCUCCUUCCUCAUCGCAGGUUGGCAUGCAGAGCGUGCUGAGUCCUCUUUCAUGUGAGAGAGCAUGAUGUAUAUCUAAAAAUCAUGUGCAGCACUCUUGGUGUCUAACAUGAUAUCAAAGCCUUGUUUAAUAACGGUAGGAUUGAGAGCGGGCUAUUAGCUCUCCAUACAUGGGCAUGGGCCGAAUGCAUGUAUUGUGUCUAGGGUAAGAAGAGGUAAGAAGAGGUAAGACUCUUCUUGAAGGCUGUAUCUGCUUCUCCAGUAAGCAUCUCAAUGCUGAGCCCUUGUGCUAUAAAAUGAUCUAGGUUAGGUUGUAGAUUCUUUAUGCAUUUUAAUCUUGUGUGGUGCAUGAUAUAGAAACUAGAGAGUAAAAGCCUGAAAGGGUCUGUGUCAUUCAAUAAUUUUGCUUUCAAACACACAGUUUGCAUUUGUGUUAA